UGUCUGUGGUCACUGACACUGAUCUUUCCGCGUUAGUUUAAAGUGUCAGUCAGAUAUAUUAAUAUAUUUAUAAAACAACUCAACAAAGCUAUUCUUGUAGAAGCUUGGAGAUGAAGAAUGAACCUUGAGGGUUUCAAUUAACAUAUUUGUUCCACCAUUGACUGAACAUCUUCCGUGGAAUGGACUUUAACUAUCCUCCAGGGUAAUGGCACGUUUUAGGCGUAAGUCAUGUUGUGCACUUAUCGCAUUAGCCUUGGCCGUGUUUAUUAUAACAGUCAUCUUAAAGUCUCUGAACCCUGAGGAUAAUCAGUUUAACAGUCAGUUUGCAUUAAGACUUAUUCCACCUCCGGGACAAAUGGAACAAGAUAACAGCGUUGUUGUGUCUGCUAAACCUGCACAGCUGAUACCAGCAGAGAAAGCUGAUAGAAUGGAGAACAAAAUGCAAGAUUUUCCUGAGCCAAAUUACAAUGUGCACGCUUUCUACUAUGUGUGGUAUGGGAACCCACAGUUUGAUGGAAAAUAUGUUCACUGGGAUCAUCCACUCUUACCACACUGGGACCCCAAGGUGGCCUCAGGUUAUUCGACAGGACGACACCACCCUCCUGAUGACAUCGGGGCCAAUUUCUACCCUGCGCUAGGUCCAUACAGCUCCAGAGAUCCAUCAGUUUUAGAGGAACACAUGCGACAGCUGAGAACAGCUGAUGUUGGUGUUCUAGCAGUUUCGUGGUAUCCACUUAGUAUGAAUGACGACAAUGGUGAAGAAAUUGAUAAUUUUCUGCCUUUGGUUCUGGAUGCAGCUGACAAAUAUCAAUUGAAGGUUGCUUUUCACAUUGAACCAUACAAAGGGCGAGAUGAUGCAAAUAUGCAUGAAAAUAUUAAAUAUAUUGUGGAGCGGUAUGGAAACCAUCCUGCUUUUUAUAGAUACAAAACAAGCACUGGCAAAUUUCUUCCACUGUAUUAUAUAUAUGACUCCUACUUACAAACUCCAGAUGUUUGGGCACAGCUGUUAAAGCCAAACGGUAUAUCGACAAUCAGGAACACACUUUAUGAUGGCAUCUUCAUUGCUCUUCUUGUGGAAGAAAGCCAUAAGAAGGACAUACAGACUGCUGGAUUUGAUGGAAUCUACACAUAUUUUGCCACCAAUGGCUUUACUUAUGGCUCCUCACAUCACAACUGGAGAUCCAUCAAAACCUUCUGUGACUAUAAUAACUUGAUAUUCAUUCCAAGUGUAGGGCCAGGUUAUAUCGACACUAGCAUUAGACCUUGGAACUCCCAGAAUACAAGGAACCGCAUUAAUGGCAAGUACUAUGAGACCUCAUUUAAUGUGGCUGUGGAGGCAAGGCCACAAAUCAUCUCUAUAACUUCAUUCAAUGAAUGGCAUGAAGGAACACAAAUCGAAAAGGCCAUUCCAAAGACAUGGGGUAAAACUGUGUAUCUUGACUACCUUCCUCAUAAACCUACAGUUUAUUUAGAGAAGACACAAAAAUGGGCUAGAAAAUUCAGUGAGGAGCAGAAGAAAUGGCUGGAGUAAAGAAAAGUCUAAUAUUUUCAAGAGCAAUACUGCCUUAAGUAGUGCUGACAAGGGCCAUGGUUUGUUUUAUUUUGGUCUGUUUGAGUUGUGUGCAGUUUGGUUUACUUACAUGCCUCUUACGAUAACUUGACUGAUUAAACUUGUCAAAUAGUACUAAAUCAUAAUCAGAGAUAUUCUACCUUGAAAUUGUAAAUAAAACCUAGUUCUACAU